AUGAAGUUCUUCAUUGAUGACCUACCCAUAAUCUUCCCUUACGACCGAAUCUAUCCUGAGCAAUAUGCGUAUAUGUGUGACUUGAAGCGCUCUCUGGAUGCGACGGGACACUGUCUCCUAGAAAUGCCGUCUGGAACGGGCAAGACCGUAUCUUUGCUAUCACUAAUUGUAUCAUAUCAACAAUUCUACCCGACAAAGCGGAAAUUGAUAUAUUGCUCGCGAACGGUUCCUGAGAUCGAGAAGGCACUCGCGGAACUCAAACGUUUAAUGGAGUAUCGUCUAAAAUGUGCAGAGACUGGUGAGGAACGUGAAAAGGAAAGCAGCUUCUACGGCAUUGGCCUCACAAGUCGCAAGAAUCUCUGCAUUCACCCUGAGGUGGCAAAGGAGAAGAAGGGGAAAGUGGUUGACGCUCGCUGCCGCGACCUCACGAACUCCGCGGUAUGCCAAAAGGGUCGGGAGAACCCUGGGUCCGUCGAGCUCUGUGACUGGCAUGAAAACCUAGGAAAACUUGAACCUGGGAACUUGAUACCGCCAGGUAUCUGGACCCUUGCAGAUGUCCUCCAGUACGGCAGAGACAACCGUAUAUGCCCGUACUUCCUCGUCCGUCGGAUGAUGCCAUUUGUUGACAUUAUCAUUUAUUCCUUCCAUUAUCUGCUGGAUCCAAAAGUCGCUGAACAGGUGUCCAAGGAAUUGUCCAAGGACGCCAUCGUCGUGUUCGACGAGGCUCACAACAUCGACAAUGUUUGCAUCGAGUCUCUGAGUAUUGAUCUGACUAGACCUAUGCUGGACUCAGCUGCACGUAGUGUUGUUCGAUUAGGCGACAAGAUCGAAGAAAUCAAGAAGACGGACGCGUCGAAGCUCCAGGACGAAUAUGCUCGGCUUGUUGAAGGCCUACAAGAAGCCAGCAGUGCGGAGGACGCCUUUAUCUCUAAUCCGGUUCUUCCUGAAGACCUUCUGAAGGAGGCCGUUCCUGGUAACAUCAGGAAGGCCGAGCAUUUCGUCGCCUUCUUGAAGCGCUUUGUCGAAUAUCUGAAGACCCGCAUGCGAGUGCUGCAUGUAGUCGCAGAAACUCCGCUGUCGUUCUUGCAACAUCUAAAAGAUAUCACCUAUAUCGAGCGACGACCUCUGCGGUUCUGCGCGGAACGCCUUCAGUCUCUCACGCGCACACUGGAGAUCAAUCGUCUGGAUGAAUUUUCAGCUUUGCAGAAGGUUGCGAGCUUUGCCACGCUAGUCGCUAGCUACGAGAAAGGCUUCCUGCUCAUUUUGGAACCUUUCGAGACAGAGAAUGCCACCGUUCCCAACCCAAUCUUCCAUCUCACCUGUCUUGACCCCGCGAUUGCGAUCAAGCCGGUGUUUGAGAGGUUCAGCACCGUGGUCAUCACAUCCGGCACGCUGUCUCCGCUGGACAUGUAUCCAAAAAUGCUGCAAUUCACUCCGGUGGUCCAGGAAACUUACUCAAUGACGCUCACACGUAAUUCGUUCCUACCACUCGUCAUCACUCGUGGUAGCGACCAAGUUGCGAUUAGCUCGCGGUUCGAGGUCCGCAACGACCCUGCAGUCGUCCGUAAUUUCGGGAGCAUCCUGAUCGAGUACAGCAAGAUCGUACCCGACGGAGUCGUGGCUUUCUUCCCAAGCUACUUGUACAUGGAGAGCAUCGUUGCGGCGUGGAACGACAUGGGCAUCCUCAACGAAGUAUGGAAGCACAAGCUCAUCUUCGUCGAGACUCCGGAUGCAAACGAGACUAGCAUCGCGCUCGAGAACUAUCGAAGGGCGUGCGACAACGGGCGCGGAGCGGUGCUCCUCUCCGUCGCGCGUGGCAAGGUCUCGGAAGGGAUCGACUUCGAUCACAACUACGGGCGGGCCGUGAUCAUGUUCGGGGUGCCGUACCAGUACACGGAGAGCCGGAUCCUGAGGGCGCGGCUCGAGUACCUCAGGGACGCGUACCGGAUCCGCGAGUCGGAGUUCCUGGGCUUCGAUGCGAUGCGGAACGCGGCGCAGUGCGUGGGACGCGUCCUGCGCGGGAAGACCGACUGGGGGCUCAUGGUGUUCGCGGACAAGCGUUUCGCGCGGGCGGACAAGCGCGCGAAGCUGCCGCGGUGGAUCAACCAGUACAUCACGGAGACGGCGUCGAACCUGUCGACGGACAUGGCGCUGACGCUGUCGAAGCAGUUCAUGCGGAUGAUCUCGCAGAACCCGAACGAGGACCAGACGGGGAUCUCGCUCUGGACGGUGGAUGACAUCGAGAAGGCGCGGGCGAAGCAGAAGGAACUCGCGCUCACGCAGGGGCGGGACGGAGAGGUGGGCAUGGACGAGGACGACGAGUACGGGGACGGGGGUAUCGACGACGAGGCGCUGGCAGGGCUGGAGCUGGAGCUGGACAUGUAG